ACAAUUUCUAAUUUUUCUGUACACAAUGGAAACCAUUCGCAAACAUCCCAAGGGGACACGAUGCAUUGAGUACACGUGAAAGAAUUCGCAGUAAAGAGACACGUUCCAGUCGUUCUGAAGUCACAAACAGCUUAAGUGUCGUCCUGAAAUUAAAAAAAAAAAAAAAAAAAAAACACUUAAAUGAAACAAAAAGUAAAAGGAAAUUUAAGCAAAGACUAAUAGAACAAAACUUUCACUCACAUAGCAACCGUAAGCUGCUAACUCUGAAUUACAUCCCCGAUCUUUCCACAUCGAAUAAUAAUAUCCGACUAACUUGGACCGCGUAAACAUCGCGGAUAAAUCAUUCCUACUUGCCAUCGAUUACACGAACGAAUUCCUGUUCACAUCUGAUUCCAUCGCGGAGUUUGUUAUGCUUACGCCAUUUCGAGUCCGACCAGGCAAUUAUCGUAAAGCAGAAACAAAGAUUAUCCGUGCGUUUCAUCUGAUUCCGAGCCGACAUCGAAUUUCCCUGACGCGUCACGGUUCUAUGAUUUUACGACUUAGCUAAUCACGAAUAUCGACUCGAUCCCAGUUGCCAUUGUCCAGCUAUCGCGAACCUUCGCGAGCCAUUAGCGGCGUGAGCGAUGUCGGGAUUGGAAUUUAUGGGGUCGUUAUGGUUGUUGCUGGUGGUCUGCGUUUUAAGGGACUCGCACAGCCAGCCCAUUGUCGCGAUGGACGACAAUCCUCUGCUGAUAAGGCCGCUGAACGUUUAUCAGAGCAUGAUCAAGGGUGUUCACGAUUACUUCAAUAAUACCUGCAUCAUACUAUUUCAUGGUUCGAUGAAUGUGAUCGAAACGAAAGAACUGGAGGACAUCGAGGGGCUGCUUGGCCUUCAGAAGUUCCUCAGCGGGACUCUGAACAUACGCACCGCGAUCAUGGAUUUUAUCACGUUCAGGGACAAAGUGGGAAGCACUUAUUAUAACAUUAAGCGGCCGUUGUUCGUGCUGCUGAACGAUCUGGAUGAAGUCAAGGAACAAUUCGUUCUGGUUUCUCAGUGGAUUGCAAUGGCGUACCCCACGUGGCUGAUCUUUCUAAGGAACGACAUCGAGAUCGAAGACUUCCUUGGGGAAGUUUACGUUCCUUUCGACUGUGUACUGAUGGUCGCACAAGCGAACCCUGAAGGAGGUGGCGAGAUCGUCAGGGAGGUCUACCGCAUAGGCAGGGAGGACCACUUGAGGUGGAUGGACUUUGGCACGUGGAACUCGACACACGGCUUCAAGGGACCUUUAGUAGGACUCUACCAGCGAAGGCACGAUCUGAAGGGACGCAACCUCAGGAUCGUUUCUAUUCAUGAUCCUCCAGUCUCACGAUUCGUCAAGAACGAGGUCAAUCACACGGUUGGGAUGGCUGGCUUCUUCGGCGAGGUGAUCCAGCUGCUGCAAGAGGGAAUGAAUUGCACUGCAUGCAACUCUGAUGCAACAAAGACGUAUCAUCGAUUCAGGUUCAGUUAUCAGGAGGCCAACUCGUGGGGCGUGCGGUUACCGAACGGCACGUGGACGGGUUCGAUGGGGAUGCUGAUGGAGGACGAGGCAGACCUCGCGGCCACCGAGCUGAUGAUGACGUCCGACAGACUGGACAUCGUGAAAUUCACCACGCCUGUCUACUCGUCCAAGUGUCGCGUGUAUAUCAAGAGACCAGACACGACGACGGUCAAAUGGAACGCGUACUUGGCUCCGUUCGCUUUGAACGUUUGGAACGCUAUCGCGUUGACGAUCCUCAUCACGGGGAUAUCGAUUGCCGCGAUCGACGCCAUAUUUACAAAGGGAGUAGACUCCGACGUGGUGGAGUACCGAUCAUCCUCUUCGACGAUCUCCGAGAUCGUGUUCUUCGUCUUCGGCGCGUUUUGCGGUCAGGGGAUGGAGCCGUCCCCGCUGGACCCGAUACGGAUGGUGCAUCUGAGCAUCCAUGCGACGGCGGUCGUGGUGCUGGCUGCUUAUUCGGCCGCGUUGAUUAGCUUCCUGGCUAUCAAGACGUUCGCCAUGCCGUUCACCACGAUGGCAGGAAUGCUGGAGGACGGUAGCUAUCGGUUUGCCGUGGUCGCCGAUUCGGCUGAUUACAGUUUCUUUCAGAACACCAGCGAUCGAGUGCUGACCUUCAUGUUCGAGCAGCUGUUGACCGGCGAGAGCGAUCUGCCGUCCAAUUACCUCGACGGCUUGAGUCGCGUCUGCCAGGAAAAUAAGUACGCGUUCAUGACAUUGGACAAUAUGGCGGCCGUUCUCCAAGGAAGAGUCGACUGCAUCCUGGAGCCGCUAGACGUAAUAGCGCAGACCACGAUAGCCAUGGCAGUGCCUGCGAAUAGUCCUUAUCGCGGCAUCAUCGAUGCCAAAAUUUUACUACUGCGCGACAGCGGCAUUCUUCAGAGGUUACUAGAAACAGAAUGGGCCACGGUCUCGAGCAGGCCGACAGCUGGCUGGUCGUCGGUCGAGCUGGACGAUGCGAUGCCUCUGCUCAUCUUCCUACUUAUCGCAUUCAUAAUAACCUGGGUACUGCUACUCGUCGAACGCUCGAUUCACGAGAAGCACGAUAGAAGCAACGCGAUCGACUCAACUAAUCCAAUAUGCAAGGAUAAGGAAAAUUCUCAUCCAAAUAAAAAAUUUCGAAUGAAGAAUAAAAGAUAAAUUAACCCUCAAUAUGUGUUGUUUAA